AUGUCUGAGAGGAGGCAGAGAACCUUGUCCACCUCUGGAGAGUCUCUGUACCAGGUCCUGGGUCUGGAGAAAGGCUGUAGCCAUGACGAUAUCAAGAAGUCCUACAGGAAGCUGGCGUUGCGGUUCCACCCUGAUAAGAACCCGGAGAACCCGGAGGCAGCGGAGAAGUUCAAGGAGCUGAACAGCGCCCAUGCCGUCCUGUCCGACCUCAGCAAGAGGAACAUCUACGACUCGUACGGCUCUCUGGGACUCUACGUGGCUCAGCAGUUCGGAGAGGACAACGUCAACACCUACUUCAUGCUGUCCACCUGGUGGGCCAAGGGUGCGUUUGUGGUGUGCGGCGUCCUGACCGGCUGUUACUGCUGCUGCUGCCUCUGCUGCUGCUGCAACUGCUGCUGCGGCAAACUCAAGCCAACGCCCACAGGUGAGGGGGCGGAGUCAGACUACAUCUCCCCCGACGACCUGGAGGAAGAGAUACGCAACGACCCCGACAGCGAUGCCAGCGCUCCGAUCGUUCACCAGCCGACCAAUGCCAGCGAGAAAACUCAGCUGAUCACUGACGGACAGCGCAGAUAUGGAGACACCUACACAUGA